CACACUGUAGCCCCUCACCUGAAUGACCUGCGUCUGGAGAGCAGCGGGGUUAUCGUAGCAGAAGUAACUUCCUGAAGGAGGAGAGCAGAGCAUAUUUGGACUGUGGAACACGAUGAGUCGUCCCCUCUGUGCUCUCUGGGUCUUCAUGGUGCUGCUCGGUGACCGCUUGGCCUCGCCGUACCGUCCAGAAACAGAACCGCUCGAUCCUGAGCCUCAUGAAGCGAACAGCAUUGUGGAGCUAGAAGUGCCUCCUGAGCUUGACGGAACCAUGUCCGAUGGAGAGCUGGUCCCGCACCACUACCCGGCCCAGCGGGCGGCCAAGGUGGUUCAGCACUACCUCAACACACGCCACGGCUCGCCCUACAGGUGGAUCGAGCUGCACCGCGUCAACAAGGCCAGCCUGGAGGACUUAGGACAGGCUGGGAAAAAAUAUUACCUUGAGAUCUCACUGAAGGAAGUCAUCAGCAAUACUGAUCUAGGCCAGUGCUCCGCGGAGGUGCUCUUCUCUGGGGAGCAGGACCAGGGGGCCCCCCAGGUUCAGUGCCCCUGUGAGGGGCUGCAGAAGCUGAACACCACGGCCGAGGAGGAGGCCCUCUUCCAGCGGCUCAACAGCUCCGCCACCCCCCUCUCAGGGAGCAACAUACCAGAUAGCUACGGUCACAUCGCUCCAGAGAUGAAGCCUCUUUGGCACCUGGGUGCGGCAGCGGCCAGCUUCGUCAUGCUGAAGGAGUCCAACGAGAGCACUCUGUACAACAUGGCCCAGGUGGCCAACAUCACCCAGCUGGAGACAGAGAAUGGCCAGCUGAGGUUCAAGUAUCAUGUCCUGCUCCAUGAUAUGAUCUCACAGGAGAUCCUCCACUGGAAGCUGCUGGUGUCCUGGUCUCCAGCAGGGGGCGUGAGUGUGCUGCAGACUGAGGGGCAGCCCAAACCUGCUGAAUCAACGCCAGAGGACACUGCCCCCACCUCAGCCAGUUGAACCCCUUACGUUCCCACAAAUACAUGCCAGUUUAUCCUGAACUGCAAGCACUAACCACGACGAUGAAGGGGGGGAAAGCACUUAAGGAACAGGACAGUCAUGGUCAUUAUGGUUGAUGUUAGCAGACACGUUUUAUGUAAAGAAAUGUUUCAGUCUUAUACAAUACGCUAAUGGCUUGAACAUUGAUGUUGCAUAAAUAAUAAUGCUCUGACAAGCAAUAAUAAAAAGUAAUGACUCACAAAUAUCCACUGAAAAGAUGAAAAUUAGGAAUAAAAAACUUUUUUUCUUUAA